AUGGUCCUUCACAAAGAGAAUUUCACAUCCGUGGACACGCAUCGAGUCCUGAUCGGCAUCACCAGUACGGCCAUGAACGAUAUGAAUACGAUGACCGAGCUCGCCGAAAUACCCCUUCUCCUCGGCGGGAUCGACAUUACCAUGAUCGAGACGAUCCUCGGGCCAGAAGAGACAAUCGUGGCAGGAGUCGCAGCCGGAGCUGGAGCCGUGACAGGAGCCGUUCGCCUUCAGAGGAACGGCCUCCAAGUCGAGGCAUGCCAAGCAAGGAAGUCAUAA